GGUGCUGGGAGGAUGGUUUGGGGGAUUUUUGGAGGUAAAAGGGGAGAAGGUGAUGGAAAAGCGAGCGGGCAAGUUUGGGGAGAAAGAGCUGGGCAGAGAAUAAUCACCAAUGGGAGUAGGGAAGCGUUUCGAAACGCAGAGCGAUGCUUGGCACGAGGCGUCAGGGCCAGAGGGUGGGAAGGGGGAGGUGUUGACGUUCAGCGCUUUCCCAGCAAGGAGCUGACUCACACGUUGACUGCAGAAAGUCCGAGAGGAAAGGAGCGGAGGGAGAGAGAGAGAAAAAGAGGGGGAGAAAGGGAGCCUGUGAGCAGGACUGAGCGAGGCGCCAGCCACGGGGUUCUGUGCGAGCGAGGUGCAGAGAGUGAGAGCUCCCGCUUUGACUACUGGCGGCUGCAUGAUGUCAACAACCGAGGAGAGCCAAGUGACGGCGGUAACUCCGCUCAAACUGACCGGCUUGGUGUGCGUGGUCAUCUCACUCUGCCUGGACGUGGUGGCCUUACUGAGUCCCGCCUGGGUCACCGCCGACAGCCACUUCUCCCUCUCUCUCUGGCAGAGGUGUUUUCGAGCCGGGUCGCUUCCCGACGGCGAGUGGGACUGCAAGUGGGCGCUGGACAGCGACUGGGAGAUUGCCACGGUUGCCUUGCUUCUGACUGGAGCUGCCAUUAUUCUCAUUGCCUUUCUGGUGGCUUUGAUCUCAAUCUGUCAGGGGACUCGUCGAAAAUUCUACAAACCUGUGGCUAUCCUUUUAUUUUCUGCAGUUGUUCUCCAAGUAUGUGGACUCGUUUUAUACCCAAUCAAAUUUGUGGAAACAGCCACGAUGCGAACAUAUCAUGAGUUCAACUGGGGAUAUGGCAUUGCCUGGGGAGCCACCAUCUUCUCAUUUGGGGGAGCUGUACUUUACUGCUUAAACCCGAAGAACUAUGAUGAUUACUACUAGAGCAGAACUAAUUCUACCGAAAUUAAGCUCACCUCCUUUGCUAACUUGCUACUCUCUAAGUUGAAGUGUGGUAUUUAACCUGUUCUCUCUAUGCACUAUUCACUUUGGCUGUAAUGAAGAUAAUUGCUUUAACUCCUGCACCACAAAUAUGGAACUCUGGAAGAGGUCAUGGCUGAAAUUUUGUAUAUUGGCAGUUUCAUGUACAGUGUGCUGGAAUGCAGACUUCUGUUAGUUUCACAUCAGCUGAGCGGAAUCACAAAAGUGUGCAUUGAAGAACAUGAAUCAAAAUUUACCUUCUCAAGAAUGUUCAAUUCAAUUUGCCUUGAAGAAAGAAUCUGUGCUGGGUAUAAAUGACAUGAGUUUCCCAUAGUGAGGUUGGAAAAUUUAUACCUCAUAUUUGGGUUGAAUAAAGUGCUGAAUGUUCUGUGGCAACUCAAGUAAAAGUGCAUGCUUGCAUUCAUUUUCAAAAGCUCAGCAACAUCCUUUGUAAAAUAUUACUGUGCUGAUGCAAAAUAGAAAUGUAUUACUCUUGUUUCUAAUUAUUACAGAGAAAUGGGAACACUAUACUGUUGUAGAGCAUACUAAAGUUGCAUUUGUAUCAUUCAAUUAAAAUUGUAGCAUUUCAGUUAUCAUUUUCCUAUGCCUAUAGAUGAAUUUUAUGAAAUAUGUUUUUAAAACAAAAAGCAUAGCAAAUGUCAGUAUACUUAAGUACCACUAGAUGUAGUGUCAAAGAUGAGCAUUUUGAUGAGCUGAGUAUCUAGAAAGAAUCUUAUAUGCUAUUGUAAACAUUCUAAUUUAUUUGAGCGACUACUGUAUUUUUAUAUAGACUUCUGAACACUAUUUCCUGUAUGAUUAUAUUGUGCCUAAAAAGUUAUUUUGACUUGUAUCUCAGAUAAAUUCCAUAUUUCCA